AUGACCGUGGAGGUGCAACGUUGUGAAGCGUUAAGAAAGAUGAGAAAGAGUAAGAAGGACACGAAGCGUGGGUGGUCAAACGCGCCGGCACAGGCCGCCUGGAGGGGUUGGGGGGUGCCCAGCGCGGCGGGCCCUGAGCAGCGUGCCGCCCUGGCCCGGCGACAAAAGUCUAUUCUUAUUAAAAUUAACUUAUGUCAUCUAGGCACAGAAGGUCCUGGUGUCAGUAUCUCAGAGGAGAGACAGAGUCCUGCUGAGAGUAGUGGUGUAACCAUCGUUUAUAAUCCUUAUGCUUCCCUGUCUAUUGAGCAACAAAGACAAAAGCUGCCUGUUUUUAAGCUAAGAAAUCACAUACUUUACCUAGUAGAAAGCUAUCAAACUCUAGUGAUUGUUGGGGAAACAGGAUGUGGGAAAUCAACCCAGAUUCCGCAGUAUCUAGCAGAAGCUGGUUGGACAGCUGAAGGAAGAGUUGUUGGGGUGACGCAGCCUCGUCGAGUUGCUGCUGUUUCAGUUGCAGGCCGAGUUGCCGAUGAAAGGGGUGCAGUGUUGGGUCAUGAAGUUGGAUACUGUAUUCGGUUUGAUGACUGCACAGAUCCACAGGCUACAAGAAUUAAGUUUCUAACUGACGGUAUGCUGGUGAGGGAGAUGAUGGCUGAUCCGUUGUUAACAAGGUACAGUGUUCUCAUGCUGGAUGAAGCCCAUGAAAGGACUCUUUAUACAGAUAUUGCCAUUGGCUUAUUAAAAAAGGUUCAAAAGAAGCGUGGGGAUCUUCGACUGAUUGUAGCUUCAGCCACCUUGGAUGCGGAGAAAUUCAGAGAUUUCUUUAAUCAAAAUGAGACCAGUGACCCCAGCAAAGAUACCAGUGUGAUCCUUACUGUGCAGGGGAGAACAUUUCCAGUGGACAUCUUUUACGUGCAGAGUCCUGUUCCAGAUUAUAUAAAAUCAACUGUGGAAACUGCAAUGAAAAUUCAUCAGACAGAAAAUGAUGGUGAUAUACUGGCAUUUUUAACUGGCCAGGAGGAGGUAGAAACUGUUGUUUCUAUGCUAAUAGAACAGGCUCGGGCCCUUUCUCGCACUGGAAUGAAAAAACACCUCCGUGUUCUCCCUAUGUAUGCUGGGCUGCCUUCUGCUGAGCAAAUGAAAGUGUUUGAAAGAGUUUCUCAGAGUGUCAGAAAGGUGAUAGUAGCCACCAACGUUGCUGAGACCUCUAUCACAGUUCAUGGCAUUGCAUUCGUAAUUGACUGUGGUUUUGUGAAACUUCGGGCCUAUAAUCCGAAAACAGCCAUUGAGUGUCUUGUGGUGGUACCAGAAUCUAAAGCUUCGGCUAAUCAGAGAGCAGGACGUGCAGGCCGGAACCGCUCUGGAAAAUGUUACAGACUUUAUACAGAGGAAGACUUUGAGAAGUUGCCGCAGUCCACUGUUCCUGAGAUGCAGCGCAGUAACCUUGCUCCUGUCAUCUUGCAGCUGAAGGCUUUGGGAAUUGACAAUGUGCUCAGGUUCUCCUUUCUUUCGCCACCUCCUGCACAGUCGAUGGUGCAAGCUUUAGAAUUGCUGUAUGCUUUAGGAGGUUUGGAUGUGCAUUGCCGUUUAACAGAACCUCUUGGAAUGAGAAUAGCAGAGUUCCCUUUGAAUCCUAUGUUUGCAAAGAUGCUUCUGGAAUCAGGAAAUUUUGGCUGCUCCCAGGAGAUUUUGACCAUUGCUGCCAUGAUGCAGAUCCAAAACAUCUUUGUGAUCCCUCCAAGUCAAAAAUCGCAGGCUGCCAGGCAACACAGAAAGUUUGCUGUGGAAGAGGGUGAUCAUCUCACUAUGCUUAAUGUUUAUGAAGCCUUUGUCAAACACAGCAAGAGCUCUCAGUGGUGUCAGGAACACUUUCUAAACUACAAAGGCCUUGUGAGAGCUUCUGUUGUAAGAGAACAGCUGAAAAAGCUUCUUGUCCGCUUUAAAGUACCAAACUCGUCCAGUGAAGGUGAUCCAGAUCCAGUUUUGAGGUGUAUAGUUUCUGGAUUCUUUGCUAACGCAGCUAAAUUCCACUCUACAGGAGCUUAUAGGACCAUACGUGAUGACCAUGAACUUCAUAUUCAUCCCACUUCAGUGUUGUAUGCAGAGAAACCUCCACGCUGGGUAGUCUACAAUGAAGUCAUACAGACCGCCAAAUACUACAUGAGAGAUGUGACUGCCAUUGAGUCUGCAUGGCUCUUGGAAUUGGCACCUCAUUUUUACCAGCAAGGAACGCAUCUUUCCUUGAAAACAAAAAGGGUCAAAGUAGAUGACAACUGAUUUGACAGUACUGAAGUCUUGUGACAUCAGAUGCAGAACCUACCUGUGAGGUGAAGCUGGCUACAGUCCAUUCAGCAGUCAGUUCAUUAGCAAUUUGGCCUUACAUCAAUUUACAUGUUUAAAUGCCUGUCAGGUUCUAUAGGGGUUUGUGCUUGACCAGUACGUUGUAAGCCUAUUGGAGCUUGCGUUGUGGACGUUCUGUUCCUUGCCUAAUUGACCACUGUUGUUAACCUGGGCAUGAGCUCAAACCUUGGGGAGGGAAACCGAGUCGCUAGAGCGGUACAGCUGCCUUACGAGAGUGGGGAGUGGGGUACCCUGCCUUCUGUUACCUGGAGCACUGUGACUACUACUGGCUAAACUGAGACUCGCUCCUAACAGGAGAUAGCUCAGGACAAUGAACUAGCCUUUGCAAUGCAAAGGGCUGCCAUGGAAACAUUGAUUUCAUGUGUUUGGCUGUCCCGAACUGAUGUAACUUGUGCUCCCAAGGAGUGAAAGUUUCCUGGUUGCCCCUAGUUCCCAUAUGCUGUAACAGUCAUUCUGUAGGUUGCAUCGUAUUUAAAAUACGUGGUUUCCAUACAUGAGACUUGCUGCUCGGAGAGGAGGGAGGAGGAUUAGCUCAGCCUUUUUGAGAAGAUCUUUAAAUUUUUCUCCAUCAGGGGACUGUACGUAUAUUUUUCACAAUUGUUCAUGUUCACAGGUGCAGCUUUAUUUAUUUGUAUUUUUUUUCUCCUCUACAAGAGAAAAGAUGCUAGCCUAUCACCAUUUGGAAAUCCCAGAAAAUUGUGACGGGUAUAUCAUGGAACACUGUUUUUAGCCUACGUUGUUCAGCAAAGAUGAAAAUGUUUUGUACUUUCCUAAUAACGAGCACAGUCCUAUAUAUUUUUUAUUAAGUAUCUGUUCUUUGCUGCUUGGGACUUAUCUUCUUGCUGCAAGAGAAGGAUGCUCCAAACAGUUGCUGGUUUAACAGGGACUCCAUGGCUACUUAUUCAUAAAAACCUGUACCUUUCUGUGUUUAAACAAGGUAGCUUGGAUGCCUUUAUUUAUUUUUUCCUGCCAUUUUAAUAUUUAUUUUAGAAACGCAUUGCUUGAAAGUUUUAUUUUUGUAAGGCAGUUGACUUGGUAGAUGCAUUUCUGGCACGUUAACUACAAUUGUAAUUUCAUUUUUUUAAAAAAAAGUAUGUAAAUAAGUGAAAUUUUCUACGUAGGAUGAAUGUCUUCCUCUUCUCAGGAUUGCCUUGAAAAUAUUCUUGGUUGUCUUUACCUUUUCCUUUUAAAACACCUGCAGAGAAUAACGUGUUCUGUUAUGUGCGAUACAUGGUCUAUGUACUGAUUACCAGCACAAAAAGAUGUACCAGUCCCAAUAUAGGGCACCAACAGCAUGACAAACUAUAUCACCUCCUUUUUUGUUUUCCUUGUGAACCUCAUCUUCUCUGUGUUACUUUCUUAGAAUGGAAGCCCUUUGGGGCAGGGACUGAUUCCUAGCCAGAGCCAAGAGCAUUGUUGGCACUUGCUAAAAAGAUACAACAUGCUUUUUUUUUUUUUUUUUCUUUUUUUCUCCUAAAGGAUCAGAGAAAGAAUUGAAUAUGAAGACUUGUAAAAUGUCCAUGUCUCUCUGUCCUCUGGAAAUAUUCUUAAGAAAAAUAAAACCCUUGAAUCA